CACUACAGUUUGUCUUCGUCUCCAAGAUCUCAUUACUAGCCUUGGGGUGUUCGCAUCCGCAGAUCUGCCAACAGAUGCACUAUCCGUUUCAACCACUCUGCCUUUUCUUUUUAUCUUUGCCAUCGCAGCCUCCGUCCUCUCCAUUACUCCCCCUGAUUCAAUCUCUGGUAAGUCUCUUUCUUUUUGGUAGAUUUUCUACUUCCAGAGAGUUUUGACGGAAAGGGUAAGGAGUAAGAGCUCUUUGAAUGAGACCCGCUCAGAUUGUGAGGCCUAGCCAGCUCUUUGAAUGAGACCCGCUCAGAUUGUGAGGCCUAGCCCAAUCUAGGCCCAAGAGUCAAGACCCGUUGAACCCAGCCCAAGCCCAUCCCUCACCAACUACGUCGUUUUGGAAAAAAACCCUAACUUCCUCUUCCCCCCCCCCCUCUCUCUCUCUCUCUCUCUUCCCUCCCCGUCGGCUUCUCACCCUUCUCUCUCCCCGUUGCCCCUUGCCUUCCUGUUUUCCCUUGCUCACCCCGCCGUGCAUGACCACCGCAACCCUCCCAUCUCUGGUUAGCUCCUCUCUCUCCAUCUCUAUCUCCAACGCCCCCUGUCUCUCUCAUUCUCUGUGAGUUGCCGCCGUCGCUGCCCCUCCCAACCUCGAGCACGCUACCGGUAAGCCUCUCGGCCUUUCCUCUCCCUCCGUUUCAUCUCUCGGCGCCACUAUCCUCGGGUAUAAAUGACUUAGGUCCAGUGGGUGCCCCUUGACUGGUGGGGGCUGGGCAUGGUGAUCUGGCACUGCGGAUUGAGGAUUGGGGCUUCCCCCCAUUUUGAUUAAGUGCUAUCUAUAUAUUAACUUUACAAAAGGAAUGGAUGAAUGUAUUAUUCUUUUGAUCAUGGGUUUGUGAUAAGUGACUUAUGGAUAUUGUUUUUGGGAUGUAAUUUAGUUUUUUUUGGGUACUGUUAGUGAGAAUCGAUUAUGACUUUUUUAUUAUUAUUAUUAUUUCCGCUGCAAAUAUAACUGUUCACCAUUUAUUUUAAGCAUGCAUGCACACACGGGGGCGCCACACUGAUAUUUGGUUUCAACGCCAAAUUUACUCGCUUUCUGGGUUUUACUUGCUCUCUGGGUAGUAGCUGGUUGGUGGGGAGGUGUGGCUCAAUUUGUGUUCAAUGCGUCUGGUUGAGUGGUUUUUUUUUUGAGUCUGUAGAAUUUGAUUUAGGUAAUAUGCUAGGAAGUUGAAAAGCUGCUGUGGUUGCUCUUUACGCCGUAGAAGAGGAAGCUUAGCGUGAGUGAACCAUGUUUGGUGGGAUUCACCAAAGGGUAUUGUUCAAGAUCCAGAGACAGUUGCACACACUGUCCCAUGAAAGCCCCUCCCAGACCUUGAAGAGCAAGAUUGCAGAGUUACAGAAGAUGAGGAAGAUGAGGAAGAGCCUGAAGAAGGACCAAUUCUUGGUGGAAGUUCCUGAGUCGAGAGCCUACCUUGACACCGCCACCAUGCCCAUGAUUGUCACUGGUGUUGGUAUUGCCUUCUUCGCCAAGCUCCUCAUGAUGUAUGAUGACUCUAGGUCACAAGAAUUGAUUGAACGGAAAAUAAGGAAUGCCCCCGCGGGGCAGGGCACUGUCAGGAUGCUGUCUCGUGAAGAGUGGGAAGAAAUUAGAGAAGUGAGGCCUAGGACUCCCUUUGAGUCUAAGCUUGCUCGUCCAAAUGCACGAAUUCGAACUGGAGAACCGCUGCGCAUGGAGGAUUUGAAAGACUGGACGAUUGAUGUGCUCACAGACGCAUUCACCAGAGUUGAAGAAACUGUUAGACAAAGCUCCGAUGACUCAAGACUUUGAUUGCUGAUACACAUAAUGAUAGAUACUGUUUUACUAAUUCGAACUGGAGAAACACUGUGCAUGGAGGAUUUGAAAGACUGGACGAGUGCUCACAGACGCAUCCACCAGAGUUGAAGAAACUUUAGGACAAAGCUCCGAUGACUCAAGACUUUGAUUGCUGAUACACAUAAUGAUAUAUACUGUUUUGCGUGUAACGCUGGAAAUGGGUUCCCAUGUUAUCCAUCUACAAAUGGCAUCUGUCAGGAACUCUAAAAAAGGUUCAGUCACAUGACGUGCUAGGCCUUUUCUUUUCCUAUUCCCCCUCUUGGUAAGCAGAAUUUUCAAGUGGACUUAGUUGAGAAAGGAAAGGAUGAUCGGAUGGGUGUAACAUCUUCAGAUUUCUUAUGUUCAUACACCAAAAAGAAGCAUAAUUUAAUUUGCAAACGAUAAUAGCAUUCUUGCUAAUGCCUCUAUUUUUUCCCCGUUUAA